AUGUUAGCCGAGCUACGUUCAAUAGUUCCACCAUUUCUAACCUUCACUACUAAGACCCAUUAUGCCAAGUACAACAGGAACCAUCAUACAUAUUCCAUUCGUAGCAGAAAAGAUGUUCCAAUCGGACAAGAACUAUUCGUUUUCCUUAUUUCAUUUGUUCUUUCUUUUUCCAGUUUCUUUAGCUUAUUUUUAGUCAUUCUUCUCAUUUUUCGUAUAUAUCUCCUUUCACAUUCUAUUUCCUUCUCUCCAUUCUUCUUUUUUCUCUUUCUUUAUUUAUGUAUUUUCACCAUCUUUUUUUUUCCUUUUUUUCCGGUUUGUAUUUCCUUCACUGUAUCCAUCAUUUUUUCUUUCAUUUUAGUUUCUUCUUCACAUACUUCCUGCUUUCUUUUUUACUAUUCUUCCUAUUUUCAUUCUCGUCCUCUUUUCAUUUUUCUCUUCUUUCUUUUUAACAUCGUAUAUUCAUUCUGCUUCUCCUUUCGUUUCUUUCUUUCAAUUGUUUUCUUUCUUUCUCUUUUGUUGCCUUUUUCGUCUUAUUCCCCAUUUUCCACUUCAAAUCUAGACAUCAUCUUCACCGCUUUUACUUUCAGUGCCAUAACCAUUAUUUGA